AUGGGUUGCAUGCAGAGUUUUUGUACAUUUAGGAAAAACCUUUUCGAUGAACAGUAUGAAAUGUUAAUGGCAUCAAAACCUGCACCAAUUUCUCUUGAAACAAUCCCAUUAGACCCAGAAGAUUCUGAUCCACCGUUAUUUGCAAUUGCAAAAUCAGAUUCAGAUGUUGUAUCUGACCCUGAAAAUUUAACGGAUGAAGAACUUAAUUUAUAUGCGGACCAACUUUCAAAGAAUAGAAACAGAGUAUAA